AUGGCGUCCCCAACCCGCCCCCUCAUCCUCCACUCCUCCUCCGCUCGCGUCUCUAUCCCAGUCCCCGCCUCUCCACUCUCAGCAUGGAUCGCCUCCGAGACGCUCGCGCAAGAGUUCCACGACUCGCGCGUCGGGAUGGACGAGGAGCCGGUUGAGGAGGUUGACGAAGGAGCUAGUCUGGGCCCGGCGUCCAGCGAGCCCCAGAUCAAGCUCCUUUCGCGCUUCCUCUCCUUCGUGGCCGACCGAGUCGACCAGGAGAACUCGGACGUGCUUCUUGCGGCGUACGACCGGUUCAAUGAGCUCUUCCUUUCGGUCGUCAACAUCCACUCGCUGGUCCAGUCAUUCGACCCAGAGACCCGUGCGGAGGUCCUCACUGCCUACUUCAAGGCGUUUGCUGUCGGGCGGGAGGUGCUCGGAAGCAAGGUCAAGCUGGCGCACACGUCGGCGUUGAUCGAGUCUGCCAAGAAGGGCGAGUCGGAGAUGUACGCGUUGUUCGGUGGACAGGGCAGUAACGAGUAUUACUUCAACGAGAUCCAAUCCCUCUACUCCACCUACACUCCCUUCGUCGCACCCCUCCUCGCGAAAAUCACCUCUACCCUCAUCCCCCUCCGCGACCAAGCCGAAGCCAACGGCUACACCUACUACUCGCAAGGCCUGGACCUCAUGUCCUGGCUCGAUGGCUCGGUACCCCGUCCGGACGUCGACUACCUCGCCAGUAUCCCCCUCUCCAUGCCCCUCAUCGGCGUGGCCCAGCUCGCCCAGUACGUCGUCAGCUGCCGCAUCACCGACCUCACCCCCGGUCAAAUGCGGGACCUCUUCCACGGCGCUACCGGUCACUCCCAAGGAGUCAUCUCCGCGGUCGCCGUCGCAUCCUCGGACAGCUGGGAGUCGCUCGAGGCCAGCAUCCUCAAGGCUGUCAAGCUCCUCUUCUACGUCGGUCUUCGCGGACAAGAGGCGUUCCCCCUUCUUUCGAUCGAGCCCCAGAUCAUCGCCGACUCGGUCGAGAACAACGAGGGCGUCCCCACUCCCAUGCUUUCGGUCAGCGGUCUGAGCCUCGGUGCGCUGGAGAAGCACAUCAAAAGCGUCAACAGCCACCUCCCGUCCAACUCCCAGGUCGGCAUCUCGCUUUACAACGCUUCGACCAUGCACGUCGUCACUGGUCCCGCCAAGGCUCUGUACGGUCUCGCUACCGCUUUGCGCAAGGUUAUGGCUCCGGCGGGCCUGGACCAGGGGCGGGUCCCCUUCUCCAAGCGCAAAGCCGUCUUUACGAUGCGCUUCCUCCCCAUCAACGUGCCAUACCACAGCGCCUACCUCACCGGUGCGACCCAAAAACUUAUGGAGGAGGACAUCGGUGGCGAGGUCUUCUCCACCUCGGACUUGACUAUGCCCAUUUUCCACACCGAGGAUGGUGUCGACCUGCGCAAGCUUGCCUCCUCCCUCACUGCGUCGCUCUGCGACCAGAUCUUCACCCUUCCUAUCCACUGGGUCAAGUGCUGCAACUUCCCCGCUACCGCUACCCACGCCGUAGACUUUGGACCGGGAGGCAACAGCGGUAUCGGCUUCCUCACGGGCCGUGCUCUUGAGGGGCGAGGUGUGCGCAUCGUCGUUGUUGGCGAGAAGGGCAAGGCGGCUGCCGAGUUUUACGACUCGAGCAGAGUUAGAACCGAGUCCACUUGGGCGCAGGACUGGAAGCCUAAGCUUGUCAAGACAUUGGAUGGCAAGAUCCACAUUGACACCACCUUCUCGCGCAUGCUCGGAAAGCCGCCAAUCAUGGUGGCGGGUAUGACGCCCUGCACGGUCGGCUCGUCUCUCGUUUCGGCCACUCUGAACGCCGGGUACCACAUCGAGCUCGCCGGUGGUGGUCACUACAACGCUGCCGCACUUCGCAACAAGGUCGCCGAGAUCCAGCGCCUCGUCCAGCCCGGUGUCGGAAUCACCCUGAACGCGCUCUACAUCAACCAGCGUCAGUUCAGCUUCCAGCUCCCGCUGUGGCAAGAGAUGCGCAAGGAAGGCCUCCCCAUCGAGGGCUUCUGCGUUGCCGCCGGUAUCCCUUCGUCCGAGAAGGCUACGGAGAUCAUCACGGCGCUCAAGGACGCCGGGAUCAAGCACGUCUCGUUCAAGCCCGGAUCCGUCGAGGGUAUUCGCCAGGUCAUCAACAUUGCCGCUGCCAACCCCGACUACCCCAUCAUCCUCCAAUGGACCGGUGGACGGGCGGGCGGACACCACUCGGCUGAGGACUUCCACCAGCCCAUCAUCGCCACCUACUCGUCGAUCCGCCAGAACCGCAACAUCUCUCUCGUUGCCGGAUCCGGUUUCGGCGGUGCCGAAGACACCUGGCCGUACAUCUCGGGUGACUGGUCGGUCAAGCUCUUUGGCCUCCAGCCUAUGCCGUUCGAUGGUGUCCUCUUUGCCUCCAGGGUGAUGGUUGCCAAGGAGGCCGACACCUCUCCUUCGGUCAAGCAGCUCAUUGUCGACGCGCCGGGCGUUGACGAUGCUUCCUGGGAGGGGACGUACGAUAAGCCAACCGGCGGUAUUCUUACGGUCCGGUCGGAACUCGGCGAGCCCAUCCACAAGAUUGCCACUCGUGGUGUCAAGCUCUGGAAGGAGUUUGACGAUACCGUCUUCUCCCAGCCUAGGGACAAGCGCGGUGCUUGGCUCGAGGCCAAGAAGGACUAUGUCAUCGGCCGUCUCAACAAGGACUUCAACAAGCCUUGGUUUGGAGAAAAGGCGGACGGGACGGUCGUCUCGGACCUCGGUACCAUGACGUACGAGGAGAUCACGCGGCGCAUGAUCCGCCUCAUGUACGUCUCCAAGCAGUCACGGUGGGUCGACAUUUCCCUCCGGAACCUCGUCGGCGACUGGCUUCGGCGCGUCGAGGAACGGUUCGCCGGGAUCGACGGUAACAAGACCAAGCAGUCUUUGAUCCAGUCCUUCUCGUCGCUGGACAAGCCAGAGGAGGCGAUCGAUGCUUUCUUUGCCGCUUACCCCGCGGCCAAGACCCGCCUCGUCGCUUCGGAAGACAAGGCGUACUUCCUCGUCAUCUGCCAACGUCCCGGCCAGAAGCCCGUCCCCUUCAUUCCUAUCCUCGACAACACGUUCGAGGUCUGGUUCAAGAAGGACUCGCUCUGGGCCGCCGAGGACAUGGACGCGGUAUUCGACCAAGAUCCCCAGCGGGUCUGUAUCCUGCAAGGACCGAUGGCGGUCAAGCACUCGACCGUCGCGGACGAGCCUAUCAAGGAUAUCCUCGGCAACGUCGAGGGUCUGCUCGCGAAGCGGAUCCUGGAGCGGUACUAUGGCGGGGACGAGAGCAAGGUGCCUCGGAUCGACUUUAUCGGUGCCAGGCCGGGAUCGAAGCGGGCGGAUAUGCAGGAAGAGGUGGAUGGUGAUGUGCGGACCAUCAAGGUCACGACGCCCAUGCCGACCGAGGACUGGCUCGAGUACAUUGCCGGCCCGGACGUCAGCUGGCUUCGCGCCGCUUUGACCUCGGUCAACAUUGUUCACGGUCAAGGGUACAUCUCCAACCCCUUCCGCCGGAUAUUUGCUCCCCGCGCUGGUCAGACCAUCAAAAUCACCCGGGACAAGUCGGUCACCCUCUACGGCGCCGCCCGGUCUUUCGGGCCCCACCCCGCCGACUUCAAGGCCGUCGAGCUUUCGUUCGCCAACAACCAGCUCGACCUCGUACUCUACGAGGAACGCCGUGACGUCUCGGUGCCCCUCCACUUUUCGUUCGCGUACAAGCCUGAAAUGGGCUUUGCACCCAUCCACGAAAUUACGGACGGGCGCAACAAGAAGAUCAAGGAGUUCUACUGGCGUCUCUGGUUCGGGGAUGACCAGAAGCUUCCUGAGCUUGCUCUGGACACGACCUUCACCAAUGAGGCGACGGCCAUUGACGCCAAGGCGGUUCAGCGCUUCUGCGAUGUUGUGGGGAACCAGGGAGAGAGCUUCAAGGCGGUCAGGAGCGAGAAGAUCAUGGCGCCGAUGGACUUUGCGAUUGUUCUUGGAUGGCAGUCCAUUAUGAAGGCGAUCUUCCCUUCGGCUAUCGACGCGGACAUUCUCAACCUCGUCCACCUGUCGAACGGGUUCAAGAUGAUGGACGGUGUCGCCCCUCUCCGCGCGGGCGACUCGUGCUCGGCUGAAGCUCGCGUCGUUUCCGUCAUCAAUGGCGAUAAUGGUAAGACCGUCAAGGUCAAGGGAUACGUCCUGCGCCAGGGCGAGCCCGUUAUCGAGGUCUCGUCGGCCUUCUUCUACCGCGGUCGGUUCAAGGACUUUGAAAACACCUUUGAAACCAUCGACGAGCCAGACUAUGUAGUCGAGAUGACUCGCCCUACCUCGGUCGGUAUCCUCCAGUCCAAGUCCUGGCUGGAGUGGGACGACGACUCGGUGCCUCUGGACGUUGGGUCCACCCUCACGUUCAAGACCCGCUCGGAACUUCGGUACCGCGACAAGACCACCUUCAGCUCGGUCAAGGUCACGGGUGCGGCGUUCGUGCGGUCCUCGACCAAGCAGCUGGUGCAGGUCGCUACCGUCGACUACGAGGCGCACAACUCGUACGGUAACCCCGUCGUCGAGUACCUCAAGCGCCACGGCAAGGCUACCGGUCUUCCCAUCCCCCUCGAAACCGGCGGAUAUUCGCUUACGGACGGAUCGGCCAACUACCGUACUCCCCUCACCAACGAACCCUACUCCAAGAUUUCGGGCGAUUUCAACCCCAUCCACAUCAACCCCUACUUCUCGGACCUCGCCUCCCUCCCGGGUACCAUUACGCACGGGAUGUGGAACUCAGCCGCGGUACGCAAGUAUCUCGAAUCGUCCGUUGCCGAUAACCGGCCGGAACGGGUCACGGCGUACAAUGUCAGCUUUGUCGGCAUGGUCCUCCCCGGCGACGAUAUCAAUGUCAAGCUUACCCACAUUGCUAUGCGGGAAGGCAAGAAGGUGGUCAAGGUGGAGGCGUUCAAUCAGACGGGGACCAAGGUGAUUGACGGGACGGCGGAGGUUCUCCAGCCUCCCCUUGCCUACGUCUUUACUGGUCAGGGAUCGCAGGAGGUCGGGAUGGGAAUGGAGCUGUACGCGUCUUCCGCGGUUGCUCGGGCGGUAUGGGACGCAGCGGAUGCCCAUCUUACCACGGUCUACGGUUUCUCGAUCGUCGAUAUCGUCAAGAACAACCCCAAGGAGCUCACCAUCCACUUUGGUGGGAUCAAGGGUCAGGCCAUUCGUCAGCGGUACAUGGACCUCACGUACGACACCAUGGACGACAAGGGAGAACUCAAGACCCAGCGUCUAUUCAGCGAUAUCGACCUCUACACUACCAGCUACACCUUCUCCCACCCCCAAGGUCUGCUCUUCGCGACCCAGUACACCCAGAUCGCCCUCGUCGUUACGGAGAAGGCGGCCUUUGACGACAUGAAGGCCAAGGGUCUCAUCGACGCCAAUGCGGCCUUUGCUGGCCACUCGCUCGGAGAGUACUCUGCCCUUGCGGCCAUUGCGGACGUCCUCCCCAUAUCGUCCCUCGCGGACGUCGUCUUCUUCCGUGGUAUCACCAUGCAGCGGGCGGUCAAGCGGGACGCGACCGGUAAAUCCAACUACGCCAUGAUGGCUGCCAACCCCUCCCGGGUCGGCAAGACCUUCUCGGAGCAGGCACUGCGAGAGAUUGUCGACACGAUCUCCAAGCAGAAAUCCAUCCUGCUCCAGAUUGUCAACCUCAACGUUGCCAACCAGCAGUACGUCUGCGCCGGAGAGCUCAUUGCUCUGGCAACAUUGACGAAUGUUCUCAACAUGCUCAAGAUCCAAAAGAUUGAUCUGGAGAAGCUGUCGGCGAUGAUGUCGGUGGAAGAGCUCAAGGAGAAGUUGGCGGAGAUUAUCGAUGGGUGCUACGAUAUGGCGCGUGAAAAGGAGAAGGAGCAGGGAUCGGUCGUUCUCGAGAGAGGAUUCUCGACCAUUCCCUUGCCCGGAAUCGACGUACCCUUCCACUCGCGAUACCUCUGGCCAGGGGUCUUGUCGUUCCGCAACUACCUCAUCAAAAAGAUCGACCCGCUCCAGCUCAACCCGGAUCGCUUGGUCGGCAAGUAUAUCCCCAACUUGAUCGCCGAGCCAUUCGAGGUCAGCCGGUCGUACGUCCAAAAGAUCUUUGACGAGACGUCUUCGCCCAGGAUGGAGGCGAUUCUCAAGGCGUGGGAGAAGGACGGGUGGGAGUCGGCAGAGAAGAGGCAGAGGUUGGCGUACAACAUUCUGACUGAGUGUUUGGCGUACCAAUUCGCCUCGCCCGUGCGGUGGAUCGAGACCCAGGACGUGCUCUUCUCGCAGGCCAAGUUUGAGCGCUUCGUCGAGGUCGGCCCGAGCCCUGUGCUCGCCGGUAUGGCUCAGCGGACACUCAAGGCCAAGUACGAGGUCCAGGACGGUGCGAUCUCGCUCAAGCGUCAAAUCCUCUGCGCGGCCAAGAACCAGAAGGAGGUGUACUAUGCGUUCGAGGACGAGGCGGAGGAGGCUGCCGCGCCGGUCGCGGCUGCUACUACUGCUGCUCCCGCCGCCGCCGCCGCCGCCGCCGCCCCUGUGCCUGUUGCGGUUGCCGCACUCCCACCCGCUGGCGGUGCUGCUGCGGUCGAAGACGUUCCACCCAAGGCGGUCGACACGGUCCGUAUCAUCGUCGCCCAAAAGCUCAAGAAGCAAGCGUCCGAGAUCCCCCUCUCCAAAUCCCUCAAGGAGCUUUCCGGCGGCAAAUCCACCCUCCAAAACGAAAUCCUCGGUGAUCUCCAGGUGGAAUUCUCCUCGGCGCCCGACAAGGCCGAGGAUCUCCCCCUUGACGAGCUCGGAGCGGCCAUGAACGUCGGAUACGCCGCGCUCGGCAAGCACGCCAUGGCGUUGACGAACCGAAUGGUCGCCUCCAAAUUCCCCGGAGGGUUCAACCUUACCGCCGCCCGUGGUCACCUCAACAAGCAGUGGGGUCUCGGACCAAUGCGAACAGACUCGGCGCUCUUCUUUGGUAUUCUCUCGGAACCGGCCAAGCGGAUGGGAUCGGACGGCGAGGCCAAGGCCUUCCUCGAUGCCCUUGCAAACAGCUAUGCGGCCUACUCGGGCUUCUCGCUCAGUACCGCCGGUUCAGGCGGGGGUGGGGGCGGAGGCGGCGCCGGCGGGGCGGUCAUGAACUCGGAAGAGUUUGAUGCGUUUGUGGCCAAGCAGGAAAUGCAGAUGCGGAGGGAGAUUGAGUUGAAGUAUCGAUACUUGGGUCAGGAUGUGAGGGAUGGCGAGAAGAAGGCGGAUAUCGAGAGGGAAUCCGCCGCUGGCCUCCAGGCCAAGCUCGACCUCAUCAAGGCCGAACAUGGCGAUGCGUACAUUGACGGUAUCCAGCCCGUCUUCUCGGCACUCAAGGCUCGGUCCUUCGAUUCCAGCUGGAACUGGGCGAGACAGAGUUCCUUGGAGUUGUUUUACGAUAUCAUCCAUGGUGAUUUGGACCCGACGACGGUGUUUGGGGAUGAGCCGAGGUAUCAGCCCAACCUUCAGGCUUGA